GGGGAUUCAUGUAAGGACAUGCUGGGUUCAGACCACCCUCCAGUGCCCACACAUGUGUAUUUACUAGUUUGGUUUACCAAGGCUGAAACAUCUCAUAUAGUAGAGUUUGUGCGCAGGCAAGGUGAGAAACUGCUGCUGGAGAAUCAGGUGGUUCAUAAACCCUGUGAGGACUGGGAUUGGAUGAGGUGUGGUUCAACUGGAACCCUGGGCAGGCAGAUGGAGAUCCUGACAAGGGGCUGUGGGUCUGUGAUCCCAGUUUGGGGGCCCCAGCCAACCCCCAGAACAACCCUCUGAAAACUGAGUCUGGGAUCCCCAGGCAUCCACUGUUCCAGUAGUGCCACUAAGCAGGGGGGGACUUGCCCUUGGCUGGAUGCUGCUGCCCUUUCCCUCUGCCUUUCCUUGGAUUUUGUGAGACAUCCUGAUCAGCUGGUCAGAGGUGAGAGAACCACAGUCAGAGGAAUUUCCUGAGUGCCCAGGUAAUGCCUCUUCCGGCAGGUUUGUCCCUCUGGAGUAAUUUGUCAGUAUGUUUGCAGCAACUGGGUAGUACCUGAUGAAUUACUGUGGCUUUUACUGUGUUUUUCAAUUUUCCAAACAGAUUAACAUUACUAGCCAGGAGCUUUGGGAAGAAGUGCUUUGUCUCAAAGGACUCAUCGUUGUUGACGUGUUUCAAGCCUGGUGCGGCCCGUGCAAACCAGUAGUGAAUCUGUUCCAAAAAAUCAAGAAUGAAGUUGGCAGUAAUCUCCUGCAUUUUGCUGUGGCUGAAGUUGAUUCCAUUGAUGCUCUGGAAAAAUACAGAGGACAAUGUGAGCCCGUCUUUCUCUUUUAUACAGGAGGAGAAUUAGUGUCUGUUGUAAGAGGAGUAAAUGCACCAUUGCUGCAGAAGACCAUCCUGAAACAGCUGGCAGGGGAAAGGAAGCGUUUACAUGGAGGAGAGCUCAUGGUGGUGCCAGACAGAGCCUUCUCCAGAGAGCCUGGAAGCACAGCUCCCCUUCAGGAGGAACAACAGCAAGGACUAACAGGCUGACGCACCCAUCGGGUCCGGGAUGACAACCGCAGCCGUGGAGCAGAUGCGCCCUUUUUCAAUAAAUACGAGAUUUUCGUGUAGCAGAGCA